AUGGCAGUAGAAGAGCCACCUAUAACCACCCAUAGAAUUGCCCUAUUGGGUCUGGGCACCAUCGGUCUCUCGAUGCUAGCAAUGCACCUCCGCCGCCCAGACACAAGCAUCACAGUGUACGAUCCACGACCCGACUACGAAUCUCAAAUCCGGAGUGUUCUCCCUACACUCCUGGAUCUAUCCUCCAACGACCUCAGCAUCACCGACCAAUUAAUAGCCUCCUCCCGCCUAAAACUAGCCACCAGCUUACCCGAAGCCGUCAAAGAUGCAACGAUUAUCCAGGAACAAAGCCCCGAGAUCACGGCUUCGAAACAGGCUCUCUGGAAGGAAAUCUCUUGUUUCGCCGGACCGGAUACCCACUUAUGGAGUAGUUCGUCUGGGAUUGCAGCGUCAGCGCAGGGCGCGACAUGCGCAGCCGAGCACCGGAUCGCUGAAAGGCUGCUCGUCGCGCACCCGUUUAACCCGCCGCACCUGAUGCCUCUCGUUGAAGUUGUUCCCGGGCCCGAAACGAAGCCUGAGCGGGUCGAGUUUGUGAAGAAGUAUUUUAAAGAUAUACCCGGUCCGUCAGGGACGUCGGGUACAGCAGAGAACCAGUCGACAUCGCAUUACCGGCCUAUCACGCUGCACAAGGAAGUUCCUGGGUUUGUAGGGAAUAGGCUUGCGUUUGCUUUGCUGAGGGAGGCGUGUCAUCUUGUAGGGGAAGGGGUUGUUACGGCUCAGGAUUUGGACUCGAUUGUCACGGCUAGUUUGGGGCCGAGGUGGGCUGGGAGUGGUGUUUUUGAGAGCUAUCAUGCUGGGGGUGGAGAGGGUGGGAUUGGUGCCUUUUUGCAGAAGCUCUCGCCUACGAUUCAAGAUGUUUGGAGUGAUUUGGGAAAAAUUGAUAUUGAGGGUGAGCAGGAGUGGAGAGACGUGGUAGUUAAGCAGACCGAAGAGGCAUAUGGGCCUUAUACUACUGAGACGAGGAAAAAGAAAGAGGAGAUGUUGCGAGACGUUGUUGAGAUGCAGAAAAAGAGAUGGGGGGAGUUGCCAUAA